GGGGGGGGACCCCGGUAGGAUCGGACUUUCGGAAGGGCUGGCACAGACAUGUCUGGGGGGACCAGAGGCCGGGGCACAGAGCCGAAGGGGCUGACAGAGUAAAGAGGAGCCUCAGCCCGCGGAGCUUGAAGUGAGGCGAGGGGCUGGCCCGGGAAACGGGCCGCAGGGCGAGGGGCGAGGACAGACGAGACCCAGCAGCUCCCUGCUCGCCCGGCGGGUUGUUGCUGGGGCGGGAAUCUCCGGCUCGCUCCUUCCGGGUGCAGGCGCCGCCUCCGCCCCGUUCCCGGAGCCGGAGGCGCGGGGGAGGUUCAGAAGCGCUCCCGGGGCGGCUCGCUGGGGUCUCUGCUCCCCACGAUGUCGGUCUCGCCCGUGGCCCCGCUGGGGUCGCUGCCCAUUAACCUGCUCAGGGAGCCGCUGCUCCGGCGGCUCAGUGGCGUGCUGGACCGCGCCGCGCCGGGCAGGGGCUGGAGAGACUUGGCGCAGCGAGCCGGGAGCCACGGCAGGGUCAAGCUCAGUUCUCUGGAGUUGGAACAAUGUUCUCUCAAAGUACUGGAGCCAGACGGAAGCCCCAGUUGGAGUCUCCUGAGACUAAUGGGUGAAAGGGGUUGCACUGUGGUGGAACUGAUGGAAUUCUUACAGGCCCUGGAACACACAGAGGCUCUACAGUGUCUCAAUCCUCCAGGUAUAAAGAUUGUUGUUCAGCCAGACCCUAAGUCAGUAUUAUCUGGACAAAUGGUCAAACUAUGUUGUUGGGCAACUGGAUAUCCAUUUCUGCAUUAUCAGUGGUUCAAACAGAAAAAAGAGGUUCCACAUGGGACUUCCCCAGAGUUGAUUUUUAAUCCAGUGAGUGUAAACGAUUCUGGGUUUUACAUCUGUCGAGUGAACAGCGAUUCUUCCUUUGUGUUCAGUCGGUGGGCACAACUGGACGUUUGUGAUCUCCAGGGAGCGUCUUAUGGAAGCUUGGUUGGUUUGCCUGAAAACAAGAUACAUAUCUGCAUUGAGCCCCAAUCACAAAACCUGAUGGUAGGGGACACAUUGGUUCUAGAGUGUGGUGCUGUUGGAAACCCAGUUCCUCAUUACCAGUGGUUCAGAAACGGAUUUCUGUUGACAAAUGGGAACAGAAAGGUAUAUAAGGUGUCUUAUGUGGACACGGAACAUCAGGGGACCUAUUGGUGUCAUGUGUUCAAUGACCAAGACAAUCAAGAAAGCAAGAAGAUAGAAGUCAUGAUAGGAAGAAAAGCUAUGGAAGUGGAAUGCACUGAAGAAGAGUUUGGUAAUCUUGGAAAGCCUGACCUUCAAGAGCAAUCAGCUGACAGGCCUUCUGCAAUUGACAAGGUAGCUCUGUUAAUAGGAAACAUGAGCUAUUGGAAUCACCCUCAGCUGAAAGCUCCAAUGGUGGAUGUCUAUGAAUUGACCAACUUGCUGAGACAGAUGGAUUUCAAAGUUGUUUCUCUGCUGGAUCUUACUGAAUCUGAGAUGCGGAAUGCAGUGGAUGAAUUUUUACUUCUUUUGGACAAAGGAGUGUAUGGUUUAUUAUAUUAUGCUGGCCAUGGCUAUGAAAACUAUGGGAACAGUUUCAUGGUUCCGAUUGAUGCCCCAAAUCCCUAUCGGUCUGCAAACUGUUUGUGCGUGCAGAAUAUACUCAAACUGAUGCAGGAAAAAGAGACUGGGCUCAAUGUGUUUUUACUGGAUAUGUGUAGAAAAAGAAAUGAAUAUGAUGAUACCAUUCUGAUCUUGGAUGCCCUGAAGGUUACAGCUAAUAUCGUUUUUGGAUAUGCAACAUGCCAAGGAGCAGAAGCUUUUGAAAUUCAGCACUCUGGGUUAGCCAAUGGGAUUUUCAUGAAGUUCUUGAAGGAACGCAUGUUAGAGGACAAGAAGAUUACUGUGCUACUUGAUGAAGUUGCAGAAGAUAUGGGUAAGUGUCACCUUACCAAAGGCAAGCAGGCUUUGGAGAUUCGCAGCAGUUUAUCUGAGAAGAGAGCAUUAACUGAUCCCAUUCAGCAAACAGGAUCAUCUGCAGAGUCCCUGGCACGGAACUUACAGUGGGCCAAAGCUCAUGAACUUCCAGAAAGUAUGUAUCUUGACUUUAAGUGUGGCAUUCAGAUUCAGCUGGGGUUCGCAGCUGAAUUUUCCAACGUCAUGAUCAUCUACACAAGGAUAGUAAAGAAACCUGCUGAAAUACUAGUUUGCAAAGCGUAUGUAACAGACUUCCCACUUGACUUGGAUAUAGAUCCUAAAGAGGCAAAUAAAGGGACUCCUGAGGAAACUGGCAGCUAUUUAGUAUCAAAGGAUCUUCCGAAACACUGUCUUUACACGAGACUAAGUUCACUGCAGAAACUAAAGGAGCACUUGAUCUUCACAGUUUGUCUCCAUUAUGAAUAUCCAGGAAUAGAUGAUUCCUUGGAUGAAAGGAAGGAAGUUAAUGUUGGGAAGCCCCUUAUUGCUAAAUUAGGCAUUCAUCAUGGAUUUAAGAAAAAUUGUUGCAUGUCUAACAGACCUUUCCAUACCCAAACAUCCACUCCUGUGGCAGCUGAAUACUACCUCUCUCCUAAUCACUGUCAACCAAAUUCCUACCCAGGUGUUCACCAUCCAAACUCUGCUCAUUCUGAUAAUUUCAGGCAGCCAGAAGCAUGCCAUUGCAAUGGGACUUUGAAUGUGCUAACUUCAAGACAAGAAGCAUGGACUUACUCAUCCCACAUAAGAAAGAAUAAUAUACCAGUAGAGACGACUGAUGACACUGUUGACCUGGGAUUCAGCUUCUCCAACAGCCUCAGAUUAUCUAAAAAGCAGUAACUACCAUCUCUGCAGAAUGUGCAGGAGCAUCAAUCCUGGGCUAAAGCACUCCAGCGCUGAUUGUACAUUCUCUGCAGUAUGUUCAUGUUUUGAGAGAAGGCGUACUGGGAAUUGUGGGUUGGGUAUGGGUUAGUAUAUUUUCUCCUUGGAAACUUCUCAGAUCCAAAGAGACAAGAAUAGAAUAUAAACUAAUUUUUCACUCCUGAAUUUUUUUCAGCAGUGAAGACUUGUGUGGGGUAAUCAUGGGGAGCCGGCGGCAGGAGAGGUGGGGCGGAGAGAAGCGGGAGCUGGGUACAAGGGAACCGCACAGGAGCUAAUCAGCAGGCACGCUGUUAUUGUCUGCCACUGUGCCAGCCAGAAAAAGAACAGAGCAGCGGGCAUGUAGCAUUGAGAGGAAGUUGCAUGUUUGUGGUGGGGAGGAGAUGUACAGCAGAGGCCUUGUUCUUGUAUCACAGGCUCUCUAGGAAUACUGAAGCCUUGAUCUCCUCAGCUGUUGCUGACAUGUCUCUAUAAUGACACAUCCAUCUUAAAAGGCUUGCAUAAUGGACCUGUCUCUAAUCUUGAUUUUUAGUUUACAAAGGGAUUAGUUUUCCUCUGCAAAAACAAAAUGGAAAAAAUAGCAGUUAGAGGAGAAGAGAGGGAGAGGAAAAGCAGUAAAAGGAAUGUCCACAUUAAUGAAACUAAGCUAUAUGUGUACUUUAUAAAUGUAAUUAAAAUAGUAUAGUGAUCACUAAAUGAUAAAUAGAUUUUUAGACUUUCCUGUUCUAACCUGCACCAUCAGUUGAGUUUAACAUUCUAAUUUCCCAUUUAUUUAAAAAAUGGGAACUUCCAUUUCUUUAAAAUGUUUGUGUGCAAGGAGGACAUGAAAUAUCAUUCAUAAAUUCCAAGAGUAGUAGGUACCAUUGUGAUCAUCUAGUCUGACCUCCUUCAUUACAGACAUAGAAAUUUCCCAAAAUAAUUCUUGUUUGAACUAGAAUACGUCUUAAAAAAAAAUUCAUUUGUGAUCUUAAAUUUGUCUGUGAUGGAGAAUCUACCUUAACCUUUGAUAAAUUGUUUCAGUGGUUAAUUGCCCUCACAGUGUAAAAUUUUGCACCUUAUUUCCAGUCUGAAUUUGUCUAGCUUUAACUUCCAAAUGUUAGAUCUUGUUAUAACUGCUAGACUGAAGAGCCCAUUAUCAAAUAUCUGUUCCCCAGGUAGAUACUUAUAGACUGUGAUGAAGUAAUCCCUUGACCUUCUUUUUGUUAAACAAAACAGAUUGAGCUCCUUGAGUCUAUUACUGUAAGGCUUGUUUUGUAGUGCUUUAAUCAUUCUCAUGUUCUACAGGUUGUUAGUGGUGAGAAACUUCUUCUUGUACCUUUGGAUCAAAUAUUUGGAAGCUCUUCCAAAGUGUUACUGCUUUGUUGCUAACUGACUUCUGAAGAGAUGACAAUUUUUAAAAUAAGCGUUACCCCAUUUGUUGUUUUGGAGUAGAGAUAUGAGGCUAACUUUAAGCCCUAAGUUUGUUUAGCAUGAAUAUAAGCGCACAUAUAACAUAGAGGCCUAUAUUCAGCCUGGCAAGACCUGGUAAAAGCAGGAGAAAUUUGUGCCUGAUGUAUGAUGGCUGGGUGAGGAUUUGAGCUAAAAUAUGUGAAUGAUGCUCCUGGACACCAGACUGUGCUCUGGAAUCAUACACAUUCCUGCCAUGGUGUUACAAAAAUAGCCCUGCACAUUCCCCUCCAGGCCAAAAUUAGUUCCUCUUAUUUUCCAAAUAAAAACCUUACCCACAAAUAUGAAAUCCCCAGCCUCCUAAUGCAAACUCAUCCAAGUGAUAUGAAGGAUAAGAAUCUCAUCCAAGUCAGGUUGCAAAAGGUGUGAGAUACAUAUGCAGAGGCGCUGUUAGGCACCAAUCUUGAAAUUUACCAGUGCCCCCAUAUGUAGUUUUGUUGAUAGAAACAAGAUUUUGUCCUGCUUCAGUGAAUUGUAGGAUCAGGGCCAUAGGUUUUGUGCUCAUUACUAGAAUUAAAGCUGCAGGGAUUUACCCUUAAUUUGAUGUGUGGCUGGAAACUAAUUUCAAAGCAAUAGGAGAUAGGUUUCUAAAGACGUCACAAAAUAUCUUGGUGCUCUGAAAGUAUAUUAAAGUAUGAUAUCACUGUUCAAGAGGGUUCUUAUCUAUGGUCAUAGAUAAUUAGCCUCAUUCCUCUCUAGUAAUGUUGCUAACAGGUUGAGUUGCUGUGCAUUUCAUUUUUCCUUUAUACAGUAGAUGCAAUUAUGAAAUUUCUGCGUUAGUAAAAUUUUUGCAGAACUUCACAAUAAAUGAAAAGCCAGGAAAAAAUAAAGGAUGAACCGUUGCUUAAGAAUAAAUGCUUAUUGGUCUUGAGAAGUUACAUUAAAGAUUCAAUUUAAAAUGCUGCACAGGUUUAAGUGGAACACAUCCAAGCUUUUCAGAUAGGUGGUCAUUGAACAAAGAUAUAGUUUAGAGGGGAGAAGUUAGUCUUGUAAUUCUGUGGUCCUAUUAUAAAACAAAUUCUGUUAUCUGAUAUUUUAGCUGGAAUUUUGAGUAGACUACAUAUAGUAAUUCUACAUGGUGAUGGAAAUAAUGAAUGCCUCUAAUCCCACUUGGAAAUGGUUAAUAGCAUUAUGGUGUGUAGGUGUUUAAUGAAAAUCUAUAAAUUCAUCUGUGUUGAAAGAUGGCUAUUCUCUAGUGUCAGUUAUCUCUGUUAAUGUAUUAUUUAUUUACUAAAUGACAGACAACUUUAACAUAAACGCAAAUGGACUGUAGCUUUUUAGUCUUCUCUGGAAGAGUAUAAAAUAGUGAAACAUUUUCUGAUUUUUGAAAUAUACCUGUGCAUUUAUUAUUGUAUAAACUGAUUUUUACAUGAAAAUUAUACCUUGAGAUACAAUCUAGUAUAAUAGGAUACUUAGCUAAAAGUUUGUCAUAGUUUUAUUAUUAGUUUUUAAUUGUUUUCUACUGUUGCAAUAAAAUAAUUCACAAAAAGAUUUAUACAGUA